CACUUUUUUAUCCUCGCUCAACUCUUCUCUUCCAAUCUACAUAUAGAUAAGUUUAUCAAUUUCAAUUUUUACACGUAUACAGUCUAUAUGAUUCCUCAUCUGCGAGUGAUCGUAUGUCAAUGUGAACUGUGUAAUCUCCAUCCUCUCCUCCACUCUCUCCACUCUCCCCCCCCCCCUUUCCGCGGAAAACAAAUUGUUACUACAAUGCCGAAUCUACAGACGCCUUGGCAUUCAUAG